UACACCCGGGUGGAGAGAGCCGAGCGGCGGGCUGACCCUCAGAUGAUAGGGCCGGUGAACGAACAGUAAAGCACGCUGCGCACCAAGCUGAUUACCCGAAAAACUUCUUUUUACGUUGAGACACAUACUGCAUAACUACCGGAUUCACAUAACGGGCGUUUUUCCCCUCCGAAAGGGGGAACAAAGUGUUUGCGCUUCACCAUUGGCAACAUAGGAUGUUGUGUACACAGCAGGUACACGCUCACUCCCUUGUUCGUUUUGGUUCCAGAAGGUGGCAGAGUGAUAAUGCUAUUUUGGAUUGUAUAUUAGUGAUGUAAGAGAGACUUUUUGUCGUCCUUCCUAAGCAUCGGCAUCUCGAAUCUUCCUUGCAAGGACAUACAACGACCUGAUAUUUAACGUCUACAAAGACGUUAAAAAAGACAGCAGCAGUGAACGUAACGGUGGCCCAUUUAAUAUGAAUAAAAAUACCGACCAGACAUCUAAAUGUGACUGCUAUUCUUCUUAGUGGAUACAUGGAGUAAAGUGUUCUAUGCAAAUGAGAAUGACGUCAGCUAGUAUCAACAAAGGGAAGCCACCGGAAAGCAGCAACAAAGGGAAACAACCCGAUAGCAGGAUCGUCAUUCUGGGCAACUCUGGAGUCGGGAAGUCAGCCCUUGUUGUGAGGUUCCUGACCAACAGAUUCAUCUGGGAGUAUGAUCCAACUUUGGAGCGCACGUACAAGCACCAUACCUUUCUGGACGAGGAGCCCACUGUGAUGGAGAUUCUAGACACCGCUGGACAGCCUUCACCAGAAGACAGCAUCCAACAAGAAGGCAAUAUUCGAUGGGGUGAUGGUUUCAUCCUGGUCUACGCGAUCAACGACCGGCACAGCUUCGAGUCCGCGGCUGCUCUAAAGCACCAACUCGAUCAUAUCAAGAAAACAAACGUGCAGUGCAUGCUGGUUGGGAACAAGAUGGAUCUUCUCCACGAGCGUCACGUGAGGACAGAGGAGGGAGAGACACUGGCCCAGGAGAUGUCUUGUGCCUUCUACGAGACGUCCGCCUCGGACGGAGGGGAAGAAAUCUCCGAAAUCUUCUACGAGCUUCACAGAGACAUAAAGAGAAGGAAGAUGGUGGAAUCCAAGGGCAGGAGGAGGUCCUCGGCACAACAAGUAAAAAACGUGUUCAACCGCAUGUUGAACAAGAUUGGCAGUUCAUCGUGAUCAAGAGACAAUUUGAUUCUGUUGGUUUGUUUUGGUAAACCAUGUUUCCUUUAGAAAGUGCACGAAGAAUGUGCACUUAAACAGAUCUAUAGUAAAAUUUUGUGGCCAAAACAUUACUUUAUCAGACUGACGUAGAAGAAAAAGGGACGAUCCAACCCCAAGGUGAACUGAAAUCGCAAUUGACUGCCAAUGGCGCAACGGAGGAGGAGGGGAGCUAACCGGAUAGAAAUAAUCUCCUUCACCCAUAAAUUAGCAGUUACUUCCCCUUUAUAGAUGUUUGGGCACGUUGGUAAAAAUCAUGUCUACAUAGUGCAUUAAAUUAUGUUUCUUCUAAUUCAUCUUUGCCAAAAAGAAAGGAACAGUUCGUUAUCUUCAAGUUGUGUACUUCUCUGUAGUAAGAAUAUCAUGCCGAGACUCCGAUGCGAGUUAAACGGCUUCAAUCCCGUAAGCUUAAAAAAGGACGUCGUUUCGAUGAGGAUUUUUUGCCUCAUAUAAUAGUUGGGAAGGUCGUUAUGUUAAUACUAUUAUAAUACAUAGCCAUGACGCUGAAAUCCAUGAGUAAGUGUGAUUUUGGCUCAAAACUGUAGUGGUGAUGAGUGUUUUUGAUACAUUACUACUUUUAUGACAUAACUCGUCGAGGGCAGGCAAUUAUGCUAAUCUUUCUUCAAAAGCAACUUCUAAGGAGAAAUCACGCAUCCCCCUUCAAGCCACAAAACAGGCGUAUUGUCAGUUGCAAUAAAGAGGUCGCCUUCUGUUAACUUAACGAGGUGCCCUUCCUUCAGCAAAUUAGCUGCUCUCCCACCAUAAGAGGUCCCCUCCCAUCAGCAAAAGAUGUUGUCUUUGUCUUCGGUAAGUUAGUUUUCUUGAGGUCAAACAGCCUAAUGUGCAGAAGUUGUUAUAACUUCCAAACAAAAACAGGAACAGCAUCAGCAGCAACAACAACGGCAACAACAACAACAACACAACAACAACAAUAGCAACAACAACAACAACAACAACAUCAACAACAUCAACAACAACAACAACAGAAACAACAGCAACAACAACAACUACAAAAUGAUAAAACAUUACUCAAAACAAGUCAUGACACACAUGCACAUCUGCGAGUAGGUUUUUGGUGUUCGUACUUGAUAUUUCGCUAGAGGAGAGGUUGCACGCUCUUCUGGUGCGGGUACAGUCACAGUGGGCCUAUUGACACUAUUGAUGCUUUACUGACAUUGAAGAGUUGUGCAUUCCGGGAUCUCCUAAUAUUGUUUUUGUUUUAUAAGUGUUUUACGGCAUUUGCAACACAAUAAGGUCAUGUAAGUGCCGAAAGUUUAGAGGUGAUUCAAGAGAGUAGUAGCAAACACAAAAAAGAAUGAGCAGAGAUAAGGACGACAGAUGUUUUAUAGGAAAGAAGAAGCAAACCACAACAGAGCACCCGCGAACCACCCACUCCCAAUACUGUGCUAUGAAUUACUCAUAAUAAAUUAUUAAUGUUGAGUGAAGACAGGGAGAGGGUAGAACGUAAACUUAAAGUGCGGACCAAGGGCGUUGUCUUUUGUAGAUACGCUGUGCAAAGCUACCUACGCAUACUGCUUUCCCGAAAGGUGUUCCCUGUGAGGUACUUUCAUACAUCUGUCAUUUAAAAACUUCAUAUCUCGAGAGUAGAUAUUUAGCUGUCCUUCCCUCAACAUGUUGUUGAAAUCUUAUGUCCGCAAUUUACGUAUUGUGUUAUGUAAAUAACAUUGCUGCGGACGUCAUCCAGUUUUGAGUACCGGUACUCAAUGCAGGACAGAUUAAUAGGAGUUCUAAAGUUUGGGAAAUAAAUAAACUCUUUGGCUGUUUUCAUUUUUUGUAUUCACACAGAGUCGUAUAAGCAGAUCAUAGAUAAUUUGUGAGGCAGCGUUGUGAAAUCAGGCGCUCGUCAAGAUAACAAAAUUGAUGAAAGUGGCUUCUCCCAAAAGUCUGGCUAUUGUUAUCGAAUUGUUUAAAUUUUGGCUUAACAUCUUUUAUGUCCAUUCAGGCACACAUUUCUGUGUGGAUUUUUACUGAAAAACGUUGAUUAAAGGAACAAAAAAUGUAAGUUUUCAGUUACCAUAGGCUCUCAAACAAUAGAAAUAACUUCGUCGGCCAUUUUCCCACUAAUUUAACCUCUGAAGCAAGGCAACUUCAAUAGCAAAUACAUCAAAUUCUAUUCAAGAUAAAUGGGUAUUUUUUUCAUCGAAGGCACGACAAAUGGACAGAUGGCACCAAUAACUCCACAUGCCCAAAAAUUGACGGGCGCCUGACUCCACCUCGUCGUGACAGAUUUGGUCAAUGGUUUGCUCGCUCAAGUGUGCGGAUAGUGGCGUCUGGUAAACCCUGGACAUCAAGGCGAGAAUUGUGCCCUCGAUAUUUAUAAUUUUGCGUUACAAAAACUUGGCAUCUUUGCCAAGAGAAAGACAAAAAAAAGGGAGAGAGAGAGAGAGAGAGAGAGAGAG